AAUAAUAAAAUAAAUUUUAACAUAUAAAUACAAAUUAAAGUAUUUUUAAUAAGUUGUGUUGCAAUAAGUGAGAAAAGUUGAAAGUAACUUAAUUUAGAACAGAAAUAAUACAAUAUUAAUUAUUAUAGACAAUAAAUUUUCAAUUCAUUAACUAUUAUUUAAUGUGUUUGAAGAAGAAUUAAAAUAAAUAUAGAAAAGAAAUCUGUGUCCCGUUUUAUCUGAAUACCAGAAUCAUGGAAUCAGAAGAUGCUUUAAAAGACAUAUUGACAUUGCUUAAGGGAGAUGUAUUUUUGGACAUUUUUAAAGAACAUAACAUUGAGACAAAUGCUUUAAAAUAUAUGACACCAAGUCAUUUAGACAUUAUAGUACCCAAAGAACUGUUUGGUAAAAGAAUAAUUUUUGAACACCACCUUAAAAUUUGGCAAAGUGAGACAUCAUCAUCAUCUUUUCCGAAACAGACUUCAGAGAGCCUAUUACUAGAUCAAGAAGAGUUUAAUAUUGAAGACGUUUUAAAAACAUCACUUUCCGGAAAAUCGGUUUUAAGUUACUAUGGCAAAAAUAAAAAAUUAAUUACAAAGUUUCGGAGAAUGAUUGCAAGUUGUGUAACAGCACACAUUAUUGAAAAUAAAAUAAAUCCAUCUCCAAAAUAUUUUGAUAAAAUUGCUGAGAAAAUAGUUAAAUAUUUUACAACAGAAAACAAAGUAAGUUGUUAUUUUAAAGAUUAAGUUAUAUAUUUGUAAAAUAUUUACUUGCAAACAGGAAUUAUAUUUUAUACCCAAAAAGGGAAGAAAGCCAGGAGGCUGCUUGUAUAGCAAGUACCACAACGCUUUGUCGAAUUUAAGAAAAGAAGGUCUCAAUGAUAAUAUUCUAGAUAAUAGCUCAGAUACUUUGGAAAAUGUAGAAGUGGAAUCCGCAAGUACAAAACAGUUUUUAACAUUCGUGUGUUUUAUGUAUAUUUAAAAUUUGUUGAAAAUGUGUAGACAAUUUUUUAAUUUGAGCUUUUAUGUAAUUAUUGUUUGUUUCAUAAAAUUCAAACUAGCGCACCUGUAUUAAAGAUUAUUCAUUUUUCAAUUAAUAUUGAGGCAUAUUUUCUAAAAUAAAAAGUAAUUUUCUUUUAUAUACU